AUAUGCGUACGUUCCGAGUUUGGGGUUCGACGCUGAGCGAGGCAGCGGGUUGGACGACUUCGCGUAUUUCGGGAAGGAGGGGCCAUACGGGGGGGGGGCCUUGACGUUGUUCCCCCCUCAGGUUCUCCUCGCGGUCGGGCGGCGCUCAUCUUUGUCCGUCGAUGGCGGACGGGGGGAAGAGCGGAUUCAGCGAACAUGACGACCGUGUGGGUGGAGGAGGCAGCAGCAACAGGGGCUUCGCUGGGCGGCGGAGAAAAGGCCGCGGCCCGUUCCGGGGGAAGAUGUACAGUGAGAUGAACCACCAUCAGAAGAACUGGAGCGGUGCAGGCUCUGGUCCUCGUAGUCGGGGAGAGGAUGAGGAUGUUCUCAUGAGUGACCCCCAUGACCCACUGCGAUCACGCUAUACACCAUACGGGCACCGGCCAAACAGACCAGAUCGGGAGCGGGGUGGCCUGAGCAAUAUAAACCUCACAGUGCGAAAAAAUCUGGGUGUCUCAGAGCAGUCUUUUCCCAUCGGCUGUGCCUCCAGGACCACCUGGUUCAAAAUUACGAUUCCCUAUGGGUGGAAAUAUGAAAAGGGAUGGCUUUUUACCACCCUUCAGAGUGUGUGCACUGUUCCCUUCAUUCCUUUGGAGGUUCACUAUGCCAACAAUCGAAUUGUGUUUUACGUUGACGAUAGUGCUGCUGCCAAUGCCCUCAGGCAUGUGUCUCGGAAAAUCGUCGACUCAGACGGCUACAAGGUGCAGCUAAUCGUAUAUCCAUGCAACCGACCGCCAACUGUCCAGCACGAUCUGAAACCAGAAGAGCUCGAACACUUGACACAAUGUAUGAGUAAGAGAUAUGAUGGUUCACAACAAGCCUUGGACCUGAAGAGCCUUCGCACAGAUCCAGAUCUGGUGGCACAAAACAUCGAUGUGGUGUUGAACCGCCGAAACUGCAUGUUGAAUGUGCUUCGCAUCAUUGAGGAGAACAUCCCCGAGCUUCUCUCUUUGAAUCUCAGCUACAACAAGCUCUACCGGCUGGAUGACAUGGCUGAUCUUUGCCAGAAGGCUCCCAAUCUGAAAAUCCUCAAUUUGUCCAGCAACCAGUUGAAGGCGGAACGUGACCUGGACAGAUUGAAAGGAUUAAAGCUGGAGGAACUGUGGCUGGAUGGCAACCCACUGUGCGAUGGCUUCGCGGACCAGUCCACCUACAUCAGCACUGUCCGGGAACGGUUUCCGAAGCUGCUGAGGCUGGAUGGUCAUGAACUGCCCCCUCCCAUCUCCUUUGAUGUGGAAGCACCUCCUACUUCUCUGCCUGCCUCCAAGGGCAGUUAUUUUCCUUCGGAUGACUUGAAGGUACUGAUUCUCCGAUUUCUGCAGCAAUACUUCACUAUCUAUGACUCGGGGGACCGGCAAGCGUUAUUGAACGCCUACCACGAUGGAGCCUGUUGCUCCCUGAGCAUUCCCGCCAUAAAGUACAAUCCUUCCCGGGGCAGUUUGUCUGAAUACUUCAAGUACAGCAGGAACGUGAAGAAACUUAGAGAUCCCUCCAUGCGUUUCCGGCUUCUGAAGCAUACACGGCUGAACGUUGUGGCCUUUCUCAACGAGCUACCCAAGACUCAGCAUGACAUCAACUCCUUUGUGGUGGAUGUCUGCGCACAGACGAACACACUACUGUGUUUCACGCUUAACGGGCUCUUCAAGCAAGUGGAUGGAAAGUGUCGGGACCUUAUGUGGGCGUUCAGUCGCGUGUUUAUUGCUGUGCCUGCCGCCAACAACGGGCUGUGCGUUAUUAACGACGAGCUGUUCAUUCGCAAGGCCAAUGAGGAGGAACUGCGCAAGGCCUUUGACAUGCCAGCGCCCACCCCCUCUUCCAGCCCCGUGCCGACCCUCUCCGCAGAGCAGCAGGAAAUGCUGCAGGCUUUCUCACUGCAAUCUGGCAUGAACCUGGAGUGGUCUCAGAAGUGCCUCUCAGACAAUGGUUGGGACUACACACAUGCUGCUGGUGUGUUCACCCAACUCAAGGCUCAGGGGAAGAUCCCGGAAGUGGCUUUCCUCAACUGAGCAUCGGCCCCCACCACCUUGACCAAAACUUAGGGAAACUGCGUUUUAUCUUUUGGAGAGUUGUUUUUGUAAAUAAAUGAGUUACACUGUGUAAAUUAAGAGACUCCCUCCCUUUUGCAACUGUGAACGCCGAGGCUGUUCUUCAAUAGAGUUGGAGGCACAGGCUGUGAUGAGCACUCGAAGUGGCAGCAUCUGGUACCUCUGGUGACAAAAGACGAUGGGAACAGUACUGUAUAGACUGCCGUUUUAGAGGACUGAGCUGCCCCGUGUGCAUCAUUUGGAUGCCAAAUUAUGGAUGGCCCCCCAUCUGUGUUUCUUUUCUCCAUUUUAAUUUGGAUACCUGGUAUAUUUUUAGUGUACUCUUUAUCUGCUCCUUUUUCUGCUGCAGUUGUCUCAAGAGUAAUGUUUUGUAUGCCCCAGGGUAACAAGGGGUCAACAGGUCAUGGCUCGAGUGUUUCGGAGCUCCCCCUGCCCUCUGAGACUAGAAUCUUUUGUGUAUUGGGUAGAGGCAAGGCCCCCAGUGCCCUUAUGCUAGACUGCUGAUAUUUCCAUGGACAGUGGCUUCCCCCCUGUGGGUUUAGGAACCAGGCCAUGCCCAGACCUCCAAAAGCGAGUCCUCCAAAGCAUAACGCCUACAACGGUGUCACCUUCCUCUUUGGUGUUCUUGGGCUUCCGUUGUUGCUUAACACUUAAAAGACAGGAAGGAUGGGCUGCAUGCUCAGCAAGGUGCGGGUUCUGUGUUCCUCCUCUGCCUGUAGUUCUUUCAAGCAAAUGUGUUUAGUAAAAUCUAUUCUUAAAA